CAACUUGGGGGUUUUCUUCAUUUCCCCAAAUUCCUCUCCUUCAGCGCAUAGGUUUCUCAGCUGGACCCUGAUCUGGGUAUGUAAACUUCUUGGAUUCUUUCCUGGAAUUGCAUCGGUGAGCAGCAUCGAUGGCCCUCUCAAUUUGAUGAGACAUGUUGGCCAUGGAUUUUCAAGCCCUAAAAGAUUCUUUGCCUCCAGGAGCCAUGGCUUCUGGAACAGCUCUCAUUUAUGAUGAUGAAAUGAGAAGCCAUAAACUCCUAUGGGAUGACCCAGUUUGUGAGAUUGAAGUGCCAGAGAGGCUCUCUUCUUGCUAUGAGCACCUUCAGCGCUAUAAUCUGAUCGAAAGAUGCGUAUCAGUACCUGUCAGAGAAGGCACUGAAGAUGAGAUCAUGCUGGUUCACAGUUCAGAUUAUUUGGAAGUUGUAAAAAACACUGAGAAAAUGAAUGAAGAAGAACUCCAGAAAACCUCAGCUGAAUAUGAUUCUGUUUAUUUCCAUCCAACUACAUAUCGCUGUGCCAAAUUGGCUGUUGGAGCCACACUGGAACUUGUGGAUGCAGUGAUGUCAGAAAGAACAUGUAAUGGGAUGGCUCUAGUAAGGCCUCCAGGUCACCACAGCCAAAGAAAUGCAGCCAAUGGGUUUUGCAUAUUCAAUAAUGUUGCUAUUGCUGCAAAACACGCCCAGAAGAAAUACGAUCUGCAAAGGAUCCUCAUUGUUGACUGGGAUGUGCAUCAUGGACAAGGAAUUCAGUAUAUAUUUGAUGAAGAUCCAAGUGUUCUCUAUUUUUCCUGGCAUCGAUUUGAACACCAGCAGUUCUGGCCUUCACUCAGAGCAUCUGAUUAUGAUGCAGUUGGGCAGGGAAAAGGGAAAGGAUUCAACAUAAAUGUACCUUGGAAUAAGGUUGGAAUGGGAAAUGCAGAUUAUGUUGCUGUAUUUUUUCAUGUAUUACUUCCAUUGGCUUUUGAGUUUGAUCCAGAGCUUGUUUUGGUUUCUGCUGGUUACGACUCUGGAAUUGGGGAUCCAGAGGGUCAGAUGUGUGCAACACCAGAAUGUUUUGCUCAUCUUACACAUUUCUUAAUGCAUUUAGCAAAAGGAAAACUGUGUAUGAUUCUAGAGGGUGGAUAUCAUUUGAGGUCACUCUCUGAAUCGGUUUGCAUGACUAUUAAAACUCUGCUUGGAGAUCCAUUGCCCCAUUUGUCUGGAGAAAUGGCACCAUGCUUAAGUGCACUAGAAUCAAUCCAUAAUGUGAGAGCUGCACACAAACAAUAUUGGAAAUGUCUGGCGUAUGAAAGCACAAUUCCAUUGCAAGACCUCAGUACCAGAUCCUACCAGACAGGGAAGGCAGAAUCUGCACAAACUGGUGCACAGCUCCUCACUCCACAAGAAGCUGGAAAGUCACGUAAUGAUGAGGUCAUCAAAACGGAUAAAUUUUUGGAGCUGCAUAUGAAAAAGAUUAUGUCUCUCAGACCUCCUGUUAGAACGGCAGUAGUUACUACUGAAAGUCAUACACACUUGCUACCACCAUCUGUUCAGAGUGAGAAAAAAACUGAUGCAAAAGAGCUAAAUACCCCAAUCAGUGGAUUUGAUGCUGAGCUUGUGAAAGAGGAAAAUGUCUUGAAGAUGUUGACUGUUCUUGAAAAAAUAAUUAAAAAGGAGGUAACCAAUGGCCUUGCAAAAACAUCUGUAGCUUCGCUUUCCUUGGCCUUUGCUCUAAAACAUUGCUGUGAUCUGAAGGUACAAAAAGUCCUAUGUGUAUUUGUCGGUGACAUGGACAUGAAAAUUGACUCGGGUGAUGGCAAAGUCCUUUUGAUCAAUAUCUCUGCUAAACAAUCUGAACAAUCUAACACCAAAUACAAUAUAUUUUUUCAUUGGAAAGAGGAUGAUGAAACAACAACCUUCUUCUUGGCUGUCGCUGGAUUCAUUCUUCCGGUAGCAUACAGCUAUCAACCUGACCUAACAAUCAUAGUUGUUGGACAAAAUCAGAGCCUCAGCAAGAAUGGGAUUUCUUUACUCAUUAAUUUACUGCAAGGAUUAGCACAGUCUCAGGUUUUUGUUCUGGUUCAGGAUACAGAAUUAAACCUAAUGCAAGAUAUAAUCAAGAUUUUGACAGGUGACUUUACACCUUUUUUUGGAAGCUACACACCUGCUUUAAAAGAGAAUGUGCAAAUGAUAAAAGAACUAAGACAGCAGUUUCAACAGGAAUGGAAAGUGCUCCAGUGUUCAGCAAUGGUUUCCAGUGCUGAAAGAUGAAAUUGACUUGGCUGUUAUUUUUGUUCUAACCUGUGUGCAUAGAACACAGAGAGGAAAAUGGAGGCCUUCUUGAAAAGUGGCAGAUUAAAAAAUGAAGUGUGAGCUAUGCAUCCUGAAUGACAAUGGAAGAUGUAUUGGCAACAGUGUUGUUUCUAGGUAUAUACAUAAUUGUUAAUUUGUAUUGCUACAAAUUACUGAUAUGUUGUAUUUGCAUUUGUAAUUUUCAACAUACCUAAUUACACCAAGUUUGUAAAAAAAAAAUGGUGCUGGCUUUGCUCAGAUGUGAAACAUGUCUUUGAAGCCAGAAUUAUGAAGAAACACCCACCUUGACACACAAUAGCCACAUGAUAUCUCCUAGAAUGGGUUGAAGAUUUUUUUAAAAUGAGAUUUAGGGCCAAACUAAAUGUUGCCAAAAAUGUCCCUACUUGUUUUUCCUCUGCAAAUAUUUCAUCCAUUUUAGGAGUGCAACUUUGGUUCUGCUUCCAAAGGAAAGUGGAGGUUGGAAAUAGAAAAAAAAAAUUAAGACAGUUUUUGACAAGAUGGGUUGUUUUUGUUGUGUGCUUUUCAAGUCGUUUCUCACUUAUGGUGAAAACUCUCUUCAGAGUGACCCACCUUUGGGGAUUCAAUAUAACUAAUGGUAUCUUAAAUUAAUUAGGUACUUUAACCACUGGAAAUAUAAAUAACAGGGAUUUUAGAGCAGUGUGACCUUUUAAUAAAUAUAGACACAUAUACAGUCAAAGUGCUAAAGAAUGGUACAUUGAUACCACUUAAUGUUAAUUAAUGGUCAGGCCAAAUAUCAAAUAUUCUCAUCAUUAGUCAACACAUCCCAGAUAGGUAUACAUAUAGAUUUCUGUAACAGUUUUUCCCAUGCACAUGUUACCAUGAUUUGGGUGAACAAUGCAUGGAAAAUUCUUCUUCCUCUCCUUUUGUGCCUUUGGGGGUUUUCCAGGUAUUAAAAAUGAUGACAAAAAACA